AUGCAAUUCACUGCUUUAUUCGUCACUGUGCUCUCUAUUGUUCUUUCAGUCAACGCUGCUGCCAUCUUAACUAAGCGUGCCGCUCCCAAUGUGCAAUCAUGCAUCACUAACUUGGAUACUGUGGGCAACCAGCUUGCUAUCUUGCAAGCAUCCGUAACUGAGGGGGGUAUUCUGAAUGUCAAUCAUGACUACAACGUGUUGGAUGAUGCCAUGGAUGAUGCUCAGCUCAACUGCUGUGCUAUCACCAGUGUAAUCUCUGAUGCAGAUGCUACUGAAGUCCUUGGUGCCCUUGGCAAUACGACCCCCAAAGUGCUCAAUGCUCUGAAUACCAUCAAGUCAAAGGAAGGUAGCUAUAACUUCUUCACCAAAGCCGUUGUCAGAAGCCAUCUUUCCAGUUUUGAUGACAAGACUUCCAGAUUGAACACAUGCUUCAAUGUAUUCGUCCCUGCAGCCAACACCUCUACACUUGAAGGCUAUUUCAAUCAAAUCAAGGCCGCUUUUACUACCACAAGAGCUGCUUAUAACUAG